AAUGGCGAGAAGCCGUGUAUGUUUUACGACAUGAUGCACCAGGAUACCCCGACGCGAUCGAACCAUGUUUUCCCUCCCGCUUUCUCCGGAUUGCGUUUUCACUCAAAUCAACCGCUUCAGCUGCGGAUCCACCCCCCCCCCCCAAAAAAAAAAAAAACUCUUUCUAGACAAAUGGGACCGCCAAAUAACCGAACUCCCGUACCACGAACAAUGCAAUUUUCGGGCGAGGCCCGCCACGCAUCAAACGUCAACAUCACCCGUGCCAACAACCGUAUCAAAAAAAUCAGCAACACACCACUAGAUAAGAUAAGAUGGGCUCGGCAUGCCCAACAAGAGCGGCCGCCCCCUUUCUACUAUUCAAUGGGGGAAUAUGCCUAACAAAGUUAACAAAAAUCAAGAGACACGCAAAUUGUAUUGAUUCUCCUCUUGAAGGGAAAAAAAGGAGGAGGAGCAUAUGGGCCGCUGGGAAAGGCCACGUCUACAUCCUCCAUUGCCAACACACAACACACAAGUGUCGUUUGUUCCCGUCUGACUCUCUCGAACCCCCUUCGCAAUAAAAAAGAAAAACAGACAAGCUUAAAAAAACGCAAGGGGCCAGUCAAACAGCUAUAUAGGAUCCACCAGCUGGUAGCGAAGACGCAAACCAGUUCAAGUCGGAGCUACGCACGCCGGCGGCGUCGACCACGACCAUCUCACCAACAACCAUGGAAUGUACUCCUACGCAAAUCGAACCGGCGCACGAGGGUCGUCCGCCAAUCAAUAAAUCCAAACCACCAGUCAACCAACCUACCCCACCCCCCACACGCAAGAGCAAGGCUUGCUCCUACACGCGGGGCCACUCGGCAACAAGAACAAAUGAAAGCCCGGGCGUGUGGCGACAAUGAUAACGCACGCACCAAAACCACACGCCGCCGACUGCCUCGAGAACGGCUGCCUACCUGCCUGUCUGCUUGCUUUCCGCUUUUAGGGCGAGAUUCCAUGACCGGCACACUCCCUCCUCUCCCGACUCGACAACAAGAGAGGGAGAAAACACAGACACAGACACACAGACACACACAUCCGCGCGCGGGUAUUACACACACAAGACACAAACGAAACACAACCAUCAACACACCCCUUUUCAGGAGGUAGUUACCGCGGCACUGCACCCCUGCUUUCGGGGGGUACCGCCGAAUCCUUUGCGCAUAUCGUUUACUGUACUGGAACGGAGGACGGGAGGAAGGGACUGCGACUACCUGCAAUCGACGCUGCUAAACCGACGCGGACGGUGUUAUCUGGGCACACGCAUAUG